AUGGAUCAAACUACCAAAGCGAAAAAGAUUCGGCCAGUGGAGUUUCCGGAUCUCCCAAACCGAAUGUUUGUUGUUGGAUAUGAGCCUGUGGGGAUUCAGGUAACAGUAUAUCACCCAUCUGACGGGAUUCGUGUUAUUCUCAAUGCUUUUGAAGAAGAGGAAGUUGUAAUGUUGAAUGUGUUAAAUUAUAGUAUAGAUAACAAUACAUAUUACCGGAUGUUUGUUGUUGGACAUGAGCCUGUGGGGAUUCAGGUAACAGCAUAUCACCCAUCUGACGGGAUUCGCGUUAUUCUCAAUGCUUUUGAAGAAGAGGAAGUUGUGUAUCUACGAACCGUUUUUGUAAUUCCGGCGAAUUGCUCUGAGUUGACAUAG